UCAUUUAAAACCCUAGCUCGCCUUUUAUCUUCUUCACUCUGCUAGGGUUUAGGGUGCCGUCUCACAGCAUUUCGACCAGAGACAAUGGCUGUUCCUUUGCUGAGCAAGAAGGUAGUGAAGAAGCGUGUCAAGAAGUUCAAGAGGCCUCAAAGUGAUCGGAAAAUUUCUGUGAAGCCAAACUGGCGGAGGCCUAAGGGUAUUGACUCACGUGUCCGGAGAAAGUUUAAGGGAUGCACUCUCAUGCCUAAUAUUGGAUAUGGCUCAGAUAAGAAGACUCGCCACUAUCUUCCUAAUGGGUUCAAGAAAUUUGUUGUGCAUAAUGCCAAAGAGUUGGAGAUUCUGAUGAUGCAUAACAGGACUUAUUGUGCUGAGAUAGCUCAUGACGUUUCAACCCGGAAGAGGAAGGAGAUUGUUGAGCGUGCUGCACAGUUGGAUAUUGUUGUGACCAAUAAAUUGGCUAGGUUGCGCAGCCAAGAAGAUGAGUGAGGACCAGUCCUUUUUGUUGAUUUAUCCUUGUGGUACCUUAUUCUAGGCUUUGGAAAGUUUCAGGAGUUUGAAUGAGGUGUUUGAUUAUUAUUUUGACCUGAAUGCUUAUCUUGAUUUUGAACUGAACCUUUUUAUAUUAUUUCAAGUUAUUGUACUACUGAUUCAAGAGUGCCUUCAUCUCCUUGGCAUGUUUCCAACAUCAAUUUGCAAUUU